AUGCCUCCAAGGGUGGUACGCGUCGAAGGAAGCAAGCUAUGGAUCUCCACGAGGGAGAAUCCGGACUACACUCCACCACCAAGGAUUCGUAGGCAGCAAGAACGAAGCCUUAGCACCGCAUCAUGCCCGGUGACCGAUCGUUGGGCACGAAAGAGAAUAGAUGCACCGAUUCCACCACGUCCGAGGCUAGACGUAAUGCACACGCGGCCAGAGGUCAUGAGGCAGCCACCCCAAGACCACGCUCUGAGCCUCCGUGACCGGGUCAAGGAAAGAUCCGGGGUGUCGGCCAACCGCGACUAG